UUCAAAAUUCCGAACCAUAUGGAAAAAGAAAAGGAAGGAAUUUGUCACUUCAACGUUUUCCUCAAUCGAUAUUGUAUUAAUUUAUUGUGUGAAGACGCCAUUUGAUACCAUCUUCAAGGUCUGUGUAAGUCUGAGAGCUUACACCCAGCCCACAAAAGGGGGGAAGCACCAAGAUUCUCUUACUUUUGCCCUCCAUAUUCGUUCCUGGAGAUUUUAAUUAGGGUUUUUUUUCCAUUCAUCAAAUUGGGUGGCAAUUCUGUUGAACCUGCCAUUCGGAACUGCUGAUUAUCGCACUGCUAUUGCUCUGCACAUCAACUUAUUGCAUAGUUUUUUUUUUCUGCUUUAAGAAAAUAAAGAAGUAAUGGGUGCUCAGAGAAAGGGAGCAUCGCGGGUUUCCGACGACCAUGAGGAGCUGGCACGAGUUUCAUUGCAGGCUGUUCUUCUUGCCGAUAGCUUUACCACUAAGUUUCGCCCCAUAACGCUUGAACGCCCCAAGGUAUUAUUGCCGCUGGUAAAUGUCCCGAUGAUUAAUUAUACCUUAUCCUGGCUUGAAUCGGCUGGUGUUGAAGAGGUGUUUGUAUUUUGCUGUGCUAACUCGAAGCAAGUAAUUGAUUAUUUGGAGAACUCUGAUUGGGUAUCCCUACCAGACUUUGCAGUAAGAACUAUAGAGUCGCACAACUCCAUUAGUGCUGGAGAUGCCCUUCGUCUUAUCUACGAAAGAAAUGUGAUACAUGGUGAUUUUGUACUUAUCACUGGAGACACCAUAAGCAACAUGUCACUUACGCAAGCUCUUCAAGAACAUAAAGAGAGAAAGAAGAAAGAUAGUAAUGCCGUAAUGACGAUGGUUGUCAAACGGUCAAAGCCUUCUCCUAUCACACACCAAUCUCGGCUGGGCACUGAUGAACUAUUUAUGGCAAUUGAUCACAAUACUAAGCAGCUCGUGUACUAUGAGGACAGGGUUGACUAUUCAAAAGGAAUUAUACAUCUGGACAAGUCAUUGAUAAUGGAUAAUUCUUCCAUAUCACUUCAUAACGACAUGCAGGACUGUUAUAUAGAUAUCUGCUCCCCAGAAGUACUCAGCCUGUUUACUGACAAUUUUGACUACCAACAUCUGCGUCGUCAUUUUGUCAAGGGCUUGCUCUUAGAUGAUAUCAUGGGUUACAAGAUUUACACACACGAAAUUUGCUCAAGCUAUGCAGCAAGAAUUGAUAACUAUCGAAGCUAUGACACCGUAAGUAAGGACAUAAUACAAAGGUGGACAUAUCCACUGGUACCCGAUGUUAAAUUCUUUGGGAACUCUACUUAUAAACUUGAAAGGCAGGGAAUGUAUCGAGCAUCAGAAAUACUGCAGGCACGCUCUGCCCAGGUUGGUCCGUUUACUGUUAUUGGAGAUAACAGCAAAAUUGGUGACAACACCAAAAUUACCAAUUCGAUUAUUGGGCAUGGUUGUAGUAUUGGAUCAAAUGUUAAAAUUGAAGGCUCUUAUAUAUGGGACAAUGUGACCAUUGAAGAUGGUUGUAAAAUCAGUAAUGCUAUUGUGUGUGAUGGAGUUGUUAUAAAGUCAGGAGCAGAACUGGAACCUGGUGUAAUUUUGUCUUUCAAGGUUGUUGUAGGGGAUCAGUUUACUGUUCCAUCAUAUUCAAAGGUAUCUUUGUUUGAGCAGCCAACCAAUCAAGAUAGCGAUGAGGAGCUGGAAUACGCAGAUAAUAGCAGUGGUAUUGUAGAAUUUGCAGAUACAACAGACAAGUCAAAUAGUGCACUGAUGUCCAACCCACUGGAAAUGCAAGGCUGGCCUGCAUCUGAGCUAGGGAAGGGAGGUCUAGGUUAUGUUUGGUCAAUUUGUGAAGGAAGUGUCGAAGAAGAAUGGAGGCAUUCAGUUGCACCCAUUCCCGCCGAUAAACUCGAGAAGGUUCUGCAUAAAGCACCAGAUGACGAGGUGGAGUUAACUCAAGAUGCUAACGUUUUACCACCUUCAGGGGAGUUGAAGUCCGACUCAUAUGUCUCAGACGGUGAUGAUAACGAAAGCUCUAGAGAUGACUCCAUCCACUUCGAGAAAGAGGUUGAAGCAACAUUUCUGAGGGCUGUGCAUGAAAAUAUUGAAGUAGCCAAUGUAAUUUUGGAAGUAAACUCAUUGCGGUUGUCAUUUAAUAAGGUGGCUUCAGAUUGCGCAGGAGCAAUAUUUUAUUCUCUGAUGAACUUUGCCUUAGAUUCUUCACGUGGUUCAUCAAGUGAACUGCUGAAAAAUACUACAAGUAUAAUUACAAAAUGGAAAAAACUUUUGAAGUACUACCUAACUGACUUGGAUGAAGAGAUUGAAGUGAUAUUAAAAUUUGAAGAGAUAUGCCUGGAAUCUGCCAAGGAAUUCACUCCACAUUUUACUAAGAUUUUGUGGCAACUAUAUGACCAAGAAAUCAUUCAAGAAGAGGCCAUUCUGAAGUGGGAUGCCGAGAAAAAAGAAGCGGAUGAUUCAGAUAAGCUUUUUGUCAAGCAGGCUGAGAAAUUUAUUGAAUGGUUAAAAGUUGCAUCAGAGGAAGAGGAAGAGGAAGAAGAAGAAUAGAAAUAGUUGAAGAAUAUCUAUAGAUUAGCGAAGAGCACAGGGCAGACUGAGGAAGUUCUUUGCUGCUGAGUUUUUUCAUUUUUUUAAACGCCAAAUCUUCAAACAGUAACUUCCUGGUUUCUCAAAUGUGAAAGGGAAAUUGCCUUUUUCUUUUUCCAUCAACUUCUAUGAUUGUCUAUUGUCUACGUCCUAUCAUAGAAAGAAAAAUUUUGGUGCAAGUUUAAAUCUUAUUUUGUUCAAAUUCAUCCACUUAUUUAUUUGAGUUACCGUAUUUUCAAUUGUUUUGUUUCAUUUCUCAUCUGUAGACUAUAAUGUAUUUUAUUUUUACCAAGUUUUCACACUGUAUACAACAAAAUUCUUAUUCUCUCUCAUCGAAUGCCUAUAGUGAAUUUUAUAUUCCA